AUGGACGACGCGGGUAAUAUACUCAUCAGGCGCUAUUCGAAAAGUAGCGUGUUUGUGAAGAGUACAGCCGCCACGAGCAACGAGGAAACCGCAAUAGGUCAGGAUGUAUUGAAAUUGCCUGGCUAUGGGCUAGAACAGGAGAAAAUCUUUAAGCUAUUCGACAUGAAAAAAUUUCAAUCAAACGUGAAUCGGGAGUUGCGUCGCUCGUAUCCAGACAGACGGCGUCUGGAGACACAGUGUCUCAGCGCAGUGGCUUUUGUGAAGUCAGAGAACGACCUUCUAGAAUGCCCCAUCUGGGCCCUGGUCAUCAAUGUUGUUGCUAUGGACAUGCUCAAGUCUAAGUUACCCCCAGUUCAAAGACCAUUGGACAUUAAGAACCGGCCGCGUAUCCCGAUUCCUGAUGAGGAUCCUUACAGUAUCGCCAGUUCCAAUCUUAACGGAUCUGGAUCGAGUGGUAGUUCCGGUGGCUAUGGACACAACGGGCAUAAUGGUCAUCUAAUCACAAACGGGCACAACGGACAUGGUGUCGUGGCAGCCACCCGGGAGCAGCUCAUGAUGCAAAUGGGGCAGAGGAGAGAGAAGCCACCGAAGUUGCCGCCGAGGGAAAAUGGAUAUGGACCAGCUGAUAUUCCUAAACCGGAUUACGAUGACAUCGAUGAUCGUGUACCUACGCAGUUCCCAAGGGGAAAGUCUGAUAAAGGAAAGGAUAACAAAAAAUAUGAUGACCCCUACUACUGCGGUCUGCGCGCUCGUGUGCCAAACUUCGUGAAGACGAACGGAAAGCACGUCCUGCCGGCGAUGACUGAGCGGCUCACCCUGAAGGAGACGCCCGUGCCGAGCAAGCGCUACAGCGUGGCCCACGCGCACCCGGGCCCGUUCCCGGCGCACUUACCGUUCGCCCCAAUGCCACAAGCUGCCCUUUGGCACGCACGUUCCUACGACAACGGAAUCGACGGUGAUCACUACGACCCUUACGCGUUGUACGGCCGCCUUCCAAUGCCAGGGCGGGGAUUCCCACCGCCGCCGGCGCCCAACGCUCGCCACAUGUUCAUCGAAGAGUGGGACUAA